AUGGUUAGGAACAUUACUCAAGCUGACGCGUCUAUGAAAGCUGGCAUUAGAGCUUUAAUUUUUGUUCUGGUGUUCAAGGCCCUUACUGGUUUGCUUCCUUUUAUGGGUAUCCUGCUUGGACUUGGAGUUCUUUUGAUUCUUACUGAUGCUAUCCAUUAUGGUGAAUCUGAAACGCAAAAGUUAAAAGUAUCACAAGUCUUAGAGUCAGUUGGUAUUCUUCGAGAAUUGGCAAAUUACCUGAAUGCUCAUAUUCUAAAUGUCCAACUAAUUGCCAGUGUAAUAGGGGUUGUAUUAGCAGUCAUAGACAAUGUUUCACUAGUUGCUACAACUGUGGGAAUGUAUGACUUAACCUCCUUCCCCAUAGAUUCUGAAUUUUGGCUGCUGAUAGCAUUUUGUGCUGGUACUAGUCGAUCUAUGCUUGUUAAUGGCUCUGCAGCUGGGGUUGCUUAUGUGGGGAUGGAAAAGGUGGAUUUCUUCUGGUUAUGCUGGUAG